CACGAAUGAAUCGAUCUCAAGAUGGCACUCACUUCGAGCCAAGAAGGAACGAUCAAUGGGACAAAAUGAUCGAGCACACAAGAUUCUGCGAGAAGAAAAAUGAAGAAGUCCAAAACCUUUCACGAUAAACUCGAUGCGGCAACAGACAAGAAGGAAUGUGGAGUGUAUCUCUACGAUGGCUUYUUGUCAUCCGGCGAAGCCCGAAAAGCCUUCGACAUCUUCGACGACGACUCGAAAUUCCCUUGGGACACCAAACCUGUCCUCUUUGGAGAAACUCUCACGUCCCAUGCCUAUGAACACGACCGCUAUCAAUUUCGCAAGAAGAAGGUACGCCGSGCUCUGACAAGCAACGAACGUGRCCUUUUCAAGCUCGAGGAAUUGUGUUCCAAAAUCGAGCGAGACUUUGACGUCAAAAUUUCCUACGUCUUUUGCAAUCGAUUUCAGGACCCGAAGCACAGAAUGAGCUGGCACAAGGAUACCUACGGCGAGCACAUUUGCGUCCUGACGCUCGGGUCGGAACGCCGCAUCGAAUUUCGAAACAACAAAACCCGUAGGGUGGAAGCAUUGACCCCGGCUUCCGGCGAUUUGUAUCUGAUGCCCCUGCGYGUCAACAAGUACUACAAACACCGGGUAUGUUCGGCGAUGGCUUCGUGGGGAAAAUCAAAUACUUGCCACGAUGUUCCACCAGAAGAUAUCACGCGCCUCUCGUUUGUAUUUUUCUUCGAGCCACCGGAGUAUGCAAGAAAAGAGUUCAGGAUUUCCACAAGAGACAUGCUCGUUGGAAUCGUAGAGGACUUUCGGGAAAAGACGGGUUUCUGGUAGGCGUUGCUUGCAGAAUUGUGGCUUUCUUUAUGUUUUGUAGCACAAAAUUAAUUGGAUUUGAUGAAGAUUUUUUACAUCUCCAAACGGGUACWGUUGCUUUUCUUGUUGAUAGUUACUGUACUACUGUACUUCUAUUUUGGUUCCUCCUUGAGCAUUCGGACUGCUUCUGCCAAAACGAUAUUUUUUUUUGAGGAUGAUAACGACUUGAAAAACAAAUCACGACUAUUCUG